AUGGUUCCAUUUUUGCAAACAACAAAUUUUCCAAAAAUAUUAACUGAGCAUAACGUAUUAAAUGUUGAUUUGAACUUUCGCCGCAGAAGACUAAACCAGUUUUGGAAAGGGCAGGUCAGAGGAGCAGCAUUCUGGAGGAUCGGUACAAAUCUUAGGAUAUUCAAACAGAUGCUUCAAGACUCUGGGGACAAUGAAUGGAAAUAUCGUCUUCUUUUGUUUUUAUUUCUAUUCAUUAUAAUCAAUUUCCUAUUUAAUAUAAUGAUGGCAAUUUUGACAAAUAUAUAUUUGGAGAGAUUACAGGCUACAUCCAGCAAAUUUGGGUUUAUGAUUAAUAGUGUAUACAAGCAUGGAGUGGUGGAGGAAAUGAUUACCAUAAACGAUCAAAAGGCGAACGAAAACUACUUGAGAUGCUUACGAAUGCUUGCCCAAAAAAACGGGUUGAAGAAUUAUGACACCGAGGAAGACCCAAAGAACAAGCAAAAAUUGGAGGAGGAUGCUAAUUAUAAAUAUAACAUUGACAACAUAAUAAUGUCUACGGACCAACUUGAUAAAUGGUAUUUCGAGAGAAAUGACUUGGACUACAUUUCAAUGUAUUGUGAUCUUGCCUUAAGAUACGCAUUAACUCUUCCAAGCAAGCAAAGCAGAUUAGUCGAGCACACAGUAGAUAUUUGUUUCGGGAUAAUUAAUCACUAUGAGAAGGUUGCCCACGAAGAAGUUGGAUCAUACAAGUUGAAGAACAAGGCUCUAAGAACAAAGGCGGAUAUUAUGGAAUACAACAAUGUGAAUUUCGAUGAGAUACGGACGUGUCUUUUUAAUGCUUUGGAACUUUUGGAAAAACACGAGUUUACAAGCCAAAACACGAAAUCGAUAAUAAAGGAUGUCACUGAAAUUCCAGAAGACCAGACUCUUGGAAACAAUAUGCUAAAUUCCAUUCUAGAUUUGUGCUCUUUUUUCACAGAUUCAAGAAGACCAAAUUAUAUCAAUAUAGCAUUGCAAAUGCUAACAUCCACAUUGAGAUCGCUUGAAUGCGAGCUAUCUGUGCUCGACAAAAAAUAUGACUCAGAAGCGUUAUUUGGAAGGAAGCAGGCGGUUCACUCAAAAGAUGAAAGAAGGUUAAUGGAACUUAAAUUUGAAAAGAUACCAUUAAUUCAAAUGGAGAUUAGCGAGAUCCUUUGGUAUGGAAAACAUUAUAAUCAGGCCAUUGAUCUUGCAAGAAGUUCGGCCCAGAAAUCUAUGCUAUACUCACAUGGAAAUUACAAUUGUGCUAAAAUAGCACGAAUUGGAUUUAAGAAUUUGGCAACAAUGUAUUCCAAGGAGGGAGAUAAGGAGACAGCAGAACUUUGCAAGGUGCAAUCUGAGGGUAUUGAGAUACCAUUAGAAGCGUUUUCUGUUCCUAGCCGUACGGUAAGGGACGCCGUUCUAGAAUACUGGUUUGGAUCCUGGGGUGAAGUAAUGUUCCCGGGUUAA